AUGAGCUGCAAUAAAUUGGGUGGUCGACAAAUUAACACAUUGACGAAGCGAACUGGCAUUGCCACUGUCAACAGGAACUGCCUGUCCCAGUCCCAACAUACGUCAUUGCUGUCCACUCCCAAAGGGUGGACACCGCAUGGUUUAAGUUUCCUAAUGAAAAAAUGUCGGAAAACAGGUGGGCCCGCUGCAAAUGGCCGUCGUCGUGAGACCGGAAAACACGUUUCAUCUGACGUAAAUACGACGUUGUGGUCUCAUUUUGUAAAACAAUUUCUACAAAGUGCAGAAUACAAUUUAGCUCCAGCCACAAGGAUAAUAUUAACUAAAAUAUUACCCUCAAGAGUCAAUUUUUCCGACCCGAAAUGGUCCAAUUAUAGAAACACUCAAACGGAGUUAUGUCGUUUUCUAAGCGAUUUAAAUCCAGACUGUGAUUCAAUUAAUUGGAAGGGAGAUUUCUUUAGAACGUUAUCGUCCUUGAUAUUUAAUUAUAUGGUCCAAAUACUUUGUAGUGGUCGGAUAUCAAAAAAACAAAAGAUGGCACAUGUGAUUCUAAAGAAGAUUAAUGAUGUUACCAACGAAUACGUGUUACUUAAUUCUCCGGACAAUUUUCUACAAGGAGUUCAAAUAUUUGUUGCCAAUAUGCUGUCUCCGUGGUUAGAAAAACCCAUAAAUUAUAUUUGUAAUAAAGGCACCAGUAAUAAAGAUUCAACAAAUGAAAACACAAUCAAUGAAAUUGAGGAUCAAAAAAAAAUUGGUAUUGAAUCAAAACAUUCAAAAACCAAUGAAGUAAUUCAAAAUAAAACAAAUAAACUUAGAUUAGAAACUGCAAAAAAAAUUAAUCAAAAAUCAAAAAUAGGUAAAUUUACAAAAACCAUCGUUAAAAGCAGAUUUGCUUCGCAAAACCCAAACAAUAAAGCUACAAAAAUAAUAAAAAUGAAUAGAAAAUCGAAGAAAGGUUUGAAAUUUCCGCCAGUAGCUUCUGCGGCGGAUGACUCAGAGAAAAUAAUUGAAAACCAUAAAAUAUUAUCGGAUUCCGCCCUUGUAAGUCGUCCAGGCAGUAACAAUGCAAUUAAGAAAAAAAUAAAAAAUAAUAUGAAGUCGAAACACAUUAAAAGUAAAAAUAAACAGAAAUCUAAAAAAAGUAAAAUUUCAAAAACCACUGUAAAAGGCAGCUUGUCCAUGAAAAACCCGGAUAAAGCUACAAAAAAUAGAAAAACAACAAAAAGUUUGAAAUCGAAAACAGUUAUUACUGCAGUACAUGACUCGGAGAUAAUUAUUGAAAACAAUAAAAUGUUAUCAAAUUCUAUCCUCGUAAAGAAUUUAGUCGGCAAAAAUGCAAAUAAGACAAAAAUAAAAAGUGAAAAGAAGUCGAACAUUCUUAAUGAUAAAAGUCUUACAAAUACUAAUGGUCGUGGCGAGUACACUAAUGAAGAAAAUGGUAACAAUGGAUCGACGACAGGUAAUGAAAAGUUAUUGAAAUCAACGAAACAAUUUCCAAAUGACAAUACAUUUGUAGCAGACAGCAAUAACAAUAAGAAAAACCAAUUCAUUAACGAAUAUGUAGAAUCACUCCAACAAGCAACGGACGCAGAGGAUACUCAAGCUAUUAUCGACGAUGGAAGGAACGACGAUGGCCAAAGAAUUUUAACAGUGAACAAAAGUUCGAAAUCACAUUAUGGCGGUGACGGUAAACUACUAUUAUCAGAACACGGCAGUAAACCGACAGCUACGAUACCAAACAGAAUAUCGGAUAGCCAUUAUUAUAAUGCUAACGAAGAUGACGGAGUACUGAAUGUGACCGACUAUAGUAAGCAUUCAGUGACGGCGUCCCAAGAUUUGUCGGGAGAAAAAUAUGAUAUUAACCGACUAAAAGGUGAAGAAUUGUUACUAAAAUAUAAUGACAAAAUUUCACUCGACGUUGACAAUGAUGGCUACAGUGACGUCAAUACGGACUAUGAUAAUGGCUUCGACGAUGAUGACGGACAUCAUAUUUUAAUUAUGAACGAGGAUGGGGACGAAUUCGAAUCUCGAAUUUUGGACGAUCUUGCAAACGUAUUUUUGGAUAGUUCAUCUGCAGGUUGGAGUAAUAAACACGACAAUGGUAUCACAGCUACAGAAUCAAGAGGAGACGAAUCUAAACGAAAUCGUUUUCAGAUAUGUGCAGAUGAUUAUGCGCACAGAUUACUAGCGGAUACUUUUAGAAAUAAAGCAUUGGCACGUCCAGAAGUUUGUGAUCAAAGUACAGGAGUUUCCUAUAACAUUCGUAAAAAAGAUGGCAGCAAUUACAGUGUUCGCAAGACAAUACUACCACAGUGCAAUAAUAGAGAUCUUCAAUGUACCAUGUGCCCAUUAGAUAAAUCCAAAUUAGUAGUUAACACAUUAAUUGAAUUGAAAGAUUAA